AUAAGUAGAAACAAUUCACAUAAGUGGUGCUUGCUGUUUACGUAUAUAAAUGCCCCGACUUGGAGUGAUCCAUAGUGAAAAAGCAGUUCCUAGAUUCACUCUUGCGCUGGAGUAAUGGGGGAUCGAGUGAAACAAAAAGUAGUUGAGUGGUUGAAGGACAUAUUCGAAAAGGAGAGUGUCGAGAAUCUAGAAUUCGAGUUUCCUGACUACGAUAACAGUGGAGGAUACGCCGCAGAUAUAAUUUUCGUCGAUUUGAGCGGAAUACAAAAUGGAAUAAAAAAGAAUUAUAGCGUACUCGUCAAAAAGGGUAAAGAGGUCAGUCAAGCUCUGGAUACUUUAGGACUGAAAAGGGGAUAUGCCUGUGAAGUCGAACUGUAUUCUAAGACCAUACCAAUAUUUCGGGAAUUGGCAGAGGAAAAACAUUGUGAGCCAUUCAAAAAUAUACCGGAAUGCUACGGGACCGUAGAACGUGACGAAGAGUUCAUCAUCAUCCUGCAAAAUUUGAAGCCUAAGGGUUUCAGAGUACACGACAUCCUAAGACCUCACGAUUUGGAUCACCUCAAGCUAGUGCUUGAAGCGUACGCCAACUGGCAUGCUUUCAAUUUUGCGCUAAGAGAUCAGAAACCAGCAAUUUUCGAGAAACUGGGUAGAAAUAUGAGAGGAAUCGAGAAAACUGAAUUAUUCCGAAUUUACGUGAAUACCCUUCAAAAGGAAAUCGAUUUCGUCGUUGACUUCUACAAGGAUAGGAAGAAGCCUCAUAUUGCUGAAAAAUUGAAAAAUUUGAGAAAGAAAGUGAAGAACGAGAGCAGAAAAUGUUUCGUCAAUGAGGAUGAAAAGUAUUAUAUAGUGAGGCAUGGCGAUUGCUGGAACAACAACUUUCUUUUUCGUUAUAACGAAAAUGAAAGACCAGACCAAGUUGUAGUAAUAGAUUGGCAAAUGGGCUUGCUAGGAUCACCUUUAGCUGAUGUUUCUCAAUUCAUACUCUAUUGCUCAUCGAGAAAAGAACUCGAACAUCUGGAUGAAUUGCUCAAACUUUACUACGAUUCAUUAUCCAGGAAAUUACAGGAAUUGGGUAGUGAUCCUGAAAAGUGUUUUCCAUGGAAAGCUUGUCAGGAAGCGUUCAAUAGAUACGCACCUCUGGCUGUAGCAGGAAUGACAUUAUCUAUUAGGGCAAGUUUCAGAAAAGACACCGAACCGAGUUACAAUAUUACUGACAGUGUUGAAACUGGUGAUUUUUGCGGUAUACUUGGAGAAGGAGUAAGAGAUCCCGAGGAAUAUUUCGAUAGAAUUGACGGUGUUCUGGAAUUUUGCGUUAAUAAGGGAUACAUCUGAAUUUUGUCGAUCGUAAAUGCCAGGAUGUGAUCACUUCUCACUUCUACUAAAAGAAAUCUUGCCACUAAAUGUAAAUGUAUUUUUCUCAUUUCUCAUCCAAAUUUCAGUCAGUCCAACUAAGAUACUAGAAUGUAAUUUGAAUUAUGUAAUAUAGUCAUGAGCCUUGAACACUUUCGUUCGAACUAUACAAUAAAAAUUGUUCUUAUACACCCA